GGAAGACAGACGCACAUGUCGGAAGUGAGGCGGUUAACAGGGGGCACCGAAGCGACGACAGUUGAUACGACGCGCCUCGAGGCAGCAAUUAGAAGUUCCAAGGAGUCGGGCCGGAUGGCCGCUUAAGGGAGAGGGUUCGAACGCAGAGAGGAGGAUAGGGCCCAGACGACGGAGCAGAAGUUUGUUGCGCGGCUAAUCUUUGACCUCGCGCGAACGGGCGCUGGCGCUGCCAACGUAUUACGAGGGUUCCAGCGCCAAUCUAUGCACUGAAUGCGUGCACGAGCGAGUAACAUGUGACAGCGUGGUGAGACAAAUGUGGCGCUGAAGAAAGAGGCUGCCAUGACGAGCAAAACAAGGAUGCUGCCGAACGUCAAGUUCGUGUUCUUUGUGCUCGCCCUGACAGGCAGUGCUUUCGGAGCUGUCAGCUACAGCAACGAACAGCAGGCUCCCGCGGAAGUGGACGUGAGGAGAGGCUCCCCGAUGCUGGGCUGCAAAGAACUGCGCUCCAAGCGAUACAUCUCCGAUGGCCACUGCACCUCGGCGCGUCCUCUGCUGGAGGUGGUGUGUGCGGGCGCCUGCUUGCCGAUCGAUCAGCUGCCCUGGUACUCGGACGGGUCGCCCGCCGGAGCAAGCGCUAGCUGGAGCUGCGAACCGGGAGCGGUGCGCCUCCGGCGGGUCCACUUGCUCUGCCCGAACGGCGAGCGCCAGAGCUACCGGGUGCCCGUGGUGCGAGCCUGCAAGUGCGUGCGGAAUCUGGAACACGCUACGCACGGGUCCUGAAACUUGCCAAUAGAUGGUCGGCCAUCGUCUCACUGUGCGAUGCGCUUGGUUUGGCUAUAACGCUUGUGAAGCCAAAUUUCCAUGGUUGAUGACUCGUGAGAGUGAAAAAUGUUUCUAGUGCUCUGUACUGAGUAGCUGUGAACUAGACUAGCUGGGUGUUAUGGCUUUGCGACAUAACAAACUAACACAUGUAGAUAAACAGCCGUUACAGUGCAUAGAAAAUUUCGUAACAAACUUUCGCUUUCACUGAAUGUUUCAGAGGCUUACGGAUUGUACAACUACGUCGAUAUCAAGGAAGCCACAAGGCUCCCAGUUUUUUAUGACUUUCAUCACAGCAGUUCUGAACUGUCACAUCAGGAAGCAACGCGGUCGCAUGAGGAUCGUUGUUAUGGCGUCACUUGAAACCCGCUGUCUAUCACACUUUUCAGAGUACCACUGACUAUCAUGGCCAUUGCGUUAUCUCUGAAAUUUCGUUGUUGAAAACAUAACUUCCGACAAAUGACAACAAUGACGUUUUAUUCAGUUUUGGAGUUUGUGAAACGUUAUUUGACUGGUAUACUGAACGUUAAUUUUCAAACUGGUGCUCUUUUACACGCACAGCACGGAAGCGGAUGCUUGAAAUGGCUCGUCAGGAGGAAAAACUAGCGUCGCGCCCCCCAAAACAGUGUCUAAUGUCCAAUUCGUUGCGACACGCCGUAACAGGGGUGCCUCAACACAGCAAAGCGAAAAAAAGAAAAAACGUGCCCUGGCUGCCAUGCAGGACCCCUAGGCGUAGCUAAAGGGAAGAGGACACUCAUUACAAGUGCUCAUGUAUCUUUCGAAUAAUAAACUGGCAUUUUUGGCUGCGACAAA